AUUCCUCUUCUAAGAACAGAAUAUGGCGGCGCCAUGCUUCGAUACUAAUACGUAUAAUUGUAAGAUAAAAAUCGGCGAAACUUAUAUUUUCGCCAGAAAGGAAUGAAUUUAAAAUGAAUGAUGGCCAAUCAAAGCAAAUCUCUAAGACAUCUAAAACUAGAAGGACUAUUGAGAAAAGACCAAACAAACAGCCCUGUCCACAGUGUGCCCUACAAGGUAUUAAAAGCAACCUUCAUUUGUUCCAAAUUGAUGACCAUGAAGCAUUUUUGAUGUGCAAAAAUGAAGAUUGUACAUUUCUGCCAUCUGCUUCAAGUUUAAAUUCAUUCAUUGUAAAGCGGGAUUUAUCUAAAGUGACUGUCAGAACAAAAACAAAUUCUGUUUUUUCAUCUUCAGCCUCAUCUCUUUCAUCAUUUCGCUGUUUUAGUUGUACACCAUCAGAAUUUGGACUGCGCAAUCUUUUCAGCUCUAAUUCCACUCGCUCCUCAGACUCAGAGAAUCAUCAUUGGCGUUUUGCAGGCCCAUUGUCCUCUAAAUUCUUUCAACGACCAUCGACCCCAUCUUCGGAGGUAGGUGAAAGAAAGUCCCUUGUGCCAUUUGAUCCGUUUCUCACCGGACAUGCUCACAACUUUCAUUCCUUUCAAACAAGUAAAAUUGAAGGACUUAAAAGAACACAGUCAAACAAUGUGGUUCCAAGUAAUGUAAAAAGGGCUAGGUUGGAAAAUUCUUCCAAUAUUGAAGAGGAGAAAAAUACUCUUAAUUUAUCCACUCAUGAGUCUUUGAAGAUAAGCAGUUGUGAUUCUGUGUUACCAAAAAGUAAUCCUGCAAAACCUAUCGCCAUCCCUUCUAAUAAGUUAAAUAAUUUACGAAACAACGUUUUGAAAGUAAUAGUUGUUCAAGACAAAAAACAAACUGCUGAACUGAAGUCUAACGAAGCAACUAAAGUUCUUGAUAUUAAGCCUAUUGGUUUCUUAGAAAAUAUUCGUCAAGACUAUAUUAGAGAAACCUCUUAUUGUUCUACAUCUCCAAAAGGCUCAAGAAAUACUUGCAUUGGUGACAUUAAUGAUAAGCCUUUAUCUGAAGUUUAUCCAUUAAAAGUUUCUUCUGAUUCAAACAAUACACGCACAUUUUCUGUGCCACCUUGGGAAGUUCAUAAGGAACAGAUCACCCAAGGAACUGAACAAACUGGGAGUGAGCAGAAGGCACAGUAUAAAAAAAGUGCUUCUAUUUCCACUGAAAACCACGUUACAGACCAUUUGGAUUGCUUUGCAGCCAUUCGGGAAGCUUCAUUAACACUUUCAGAAUUGGAUAACUUUCACUUAAGCAACUUUGAGGAUUUUUAACUUUUUGCGGUAUGCUAUUAGUUUUUAAACACUGAGUACGGUAAUUAACAAGAUAUUACCACUAUGCCAGUCACUGGAAAUCUUAACCAAGAAACUGAAGGUCAGGUUGAAUCAGAGGCACAGCUGGAAACUGGAGACAACACUGAAGUUAAGGCUUCAGAUUGUGUAGCAAGUCAAGUUUCUAGUACAACUGAUUCAGAUCCCUUUGCUGAGUUGGCUCUGGAGAAUGCAGGAGAUACAGUAGCUGUGCCUGUACAAUCUACAACUUCUUUGGAAGCUUCAUCUGAUUCUCUGGAUGGGUUUAAAAAUUCUAGCCACUUGAUUCAAGAUCCUACUGCAGCUAAAAGCAAUAAUGCUGCCCCCACAACCCAGUACACCAAAGGAUUUCAAGAUGCUUUUGCAGCAUUUGCAUCAGCAUCAUUUAGAGAAGAAGAGGAAGAAAUCCCCAUGGAGGCUGAUUCUAAUUCAGCAAUUGAUCCAACUAAUGAACCAGUAGUAUCCACAGCUGCUGAUACAAUAGAGCAAAUUGUAAGUUCUGCCAUAGACUCUGGCAUUGUCUCAACAACUAAUGGAGAUACUUAUAUUAAACACACACAAAAUGAUGAGGUGGCUUUUGUUGCUUCAGAUAUGCCUGCUGUUGAGCAACAAGUAGAUGAUCAAAUAGCAUCUUUUACAGCUCCUGAGACAGAAACACAAUCUUUAAUUAGCACAGAACAAACUCAGGCAUCUGAACCAGUUUCUGAAUCUCAAGUGGAAGCAACAUCAGCAUCCGAUUCAGUGUAUUUUAUUCAAACAACUGAUGCCACAGGGCAGGUACUUACAUCUAUCAUUGAUCCCAAUGAUAUUCCAGCAUAUGCUGACUCAAUUGUGUAUAAACAGUGCAUGCUACCAGAUGGAAACAUUGAGACAACAAUUGUGAGUCAAGGGGGGCAAAUGCUGACUCAAGAAGAACACAAUCAGGAACAAGCUUCGGCUCUCCAGGAAGCUUCUGAACAAGUUGAACCACAAAUAAUUUAUGUUCAUGAUGCAAACGGGCAACUAACUCCCAUAGAUACUGCCCAGUCUGCCAAUGAUGUGGCCCCACCUGGGAAACAAUUUGUUUACAUGCAGGACUCAACUGGGCGUAUUAUUCGUACUAUAAUGGAUGCUAACCAGACUAUGGUUCCAGGUCAACAGGUUUACUACACACAAAGUGAAGAUGGGAGAAUCAUUACAUCUGUUAUGGAUUCUGCCACAGCUGGUGUAACAGAAGAAGGCAGUCAGCAAUCUGUUGAUCAACUCUAUCAACAGCAAACUGAACAGAUUUAUCAAACCCAAGAGGAGGCUCAGCAGCAGGCCACCAUGUCAGGCAGCACCACAGGUUUUAACAUUGACAAUAGUAUGAGUGGCCUUAGCAUGCUUGCAGAGCUGUCUCAUCUCACAGCUGGACAAGCAACUGAGUCACGUACAGCUUCAAGCACAGAAAGUAAUUCAAUGGACAUGGAUGAGUUCAGGCCGGUAGCCAUGGUUACUAGACGCAUGGGUGAAGAAGGUGAUACCAUUAGCACUGACCUUGCUGGACUUAAAGUUGGUGAGACAGAUUCUGGUAGUUUGGAUCCAGACCAGGGGUCACAGGAUGACACUUCUGGUCAAGAAGAUUCAGUCAUCAGUAAACUUUUGGCUGAGAUGAAAACAGAUCUUACUCCAUCAUCGUCUGUGUCGCGUGACAAUUUGUUUGUUCAGUGGCAGAAUUUGGAUGCCAUGUGCUGGAUGGAUGUUGUUCUCAUAAUGCUUGUGUACUCACCAACACUGAGACCUCUAGUCAAUCUAGACCCUACUCAUGAACUAGCCUCAACACUUUUGAUCACACUUCUGAAAGCUAACAGACAGGCUCAGGUGUUGUUACAAAACUUGUUAAAGAAAAGUAAUGGAGCAGAAAUUAGUAGUCUUCAGACAGGGGCUGGAAACUCAGCAUCGCUUCAAGAUCCUAAAACUUCAAAGUUGGUGUGUAAAGAGAAUAUGGAUGAAAUAGGCAAGGCUAUCAACAUUCUGUAUGCCAUGCGAGAGAAAAUCUGGCAAGCCCUUCAGCCUAGACUUCGGUGUGAACGGGGUAAACACAACAGUCCUGUUCUUGUGUUACCCUUACUAGUUAGAGAGAAACCUGCAAUUAAGCAGAUGUUUACAAUGAACUACAGAUACGUCUUCAAGUGUGAAGUCUGUGGCUAUUCUCAAGAUGAUGCUCAUACAAAAAUUCUACCCAGCAUUCCUGCAGUGCCUGCAGACUUUAAUAUGACGACACCAUCUUUUGUGAGAAACUGUUUUGAAUGUCAGGCACCGAAUCAAAGAAUGCUAAUGAAGUUUGAAGGGCUGCAAGAUUUUGUUCAGAUGCACUUUGUGAAAGGUUUGCCUCACAGCAGGUUUGAAGAGCUGUCAUUUGAUUUCAAUGAAGACCAUUAUGAAGUCACAGCUGUUGUUCACUAUAAGAAUAAUCCUGACCACUUCAUUGCAUGGGUUAGAAAUGCACCAGGUGCUACUUGGAUGGAGUGUGAUGACUUGAAAUCUGUUAUUACAAGGUACCAGCACUUGUCUCCCAACAUCCCCCCCAGCCAGGUGCACAUGGUCAUGUGGGAGCGUAGGUUGACUCAACAGCACACCCUGGUAAUGCGCGACACUGAGGACACCAAGCUGUUAGCAUCCCUCGUGCUGACAGUGCAGCAACCAAACACUCAUCAAAUCACAGACCCUGCGGCACGACCUACAGGGGCACCAAGCACACAGUUCCCCAUGCACAAUGCUCCUAAAACAAACUCUCUCCUCUCUGGUCUCAAUGCGCAACUUUCAAAUAGUACACCACGAGGGCGAGGUAGAGGUGGAAGAGGAAACAGAGGAGGUUAUGGGUUAAGAGGCCGGGGCACUUCUACUACAGCAGUCUUGCCAGUGAGGCGGCCAACCCCUACCACCAUUACCCAGUUAGCAACGCCUACAGCCACUAGCACUCCAAGAGCCAGAACUGCCCCCCAGACUAUUCGAGUGCCCAUUUCAUCAUUAACGGGUGGCAUGCGCACUAUUAGUGGAGAGAAAAUUGUUUUGCUGAGCAGCAAUGCUCAUGGAGGUUUGAACACAUCUGCAGGCAGCAGCACUGGUAGUACCACAAGUAAAGUUGUGGUCGUCCGAUCUCCAGGUGGCCCCAGCAAUAUCACAGCUGCUCAGAUUUUGCAGCUUCUUCAGCGCACUGGUGCCAUUUCUGGUGGAAGAGUCACAACUACCAUCAACACAUCCUCAAAUGUUGCCGGCACCCCACAGUCCUAUAUUAUUCAACCAGAUGGUUCUGUCAUAAAUACCUCUACUGUUGCAAGUGAGCCAGAAACUCCUACACAGUUAGUUCCUGAAGAACCAAGUGACACAAACUAUUCUAGCAUGACUGAACAGGCUACAGAUACAUCUGCUGAGGUUCCAAUGGAAACAAAUGUUGACAAGGGGGAACCUGCUGGUGAAGAAUCUAGUCAAGUUCCUGAUCAAAAUGAUUCUCAAAUAAGCACUCUUCCAUUCCCAUCAUCCACACCAGGAAGAGAACAGACAUCUCAGAAUGAGACAAUCAUAGUAUCUCCAGAAACUGCUUCACCAUCAGUUAUCACAGAAGAAAAUGAGAUUGCUAGUGCUUCUGUAGCCCAAGCGCAUGUUCAACAGCCUACCAAGUACAUUCAAAUUCCCAACCCAUCUGGAAGUGGCACCAUCUUAACUCAGCUGACCAUGCGAGGAGGUAAAAUGGUGCUGAUACCAGUUAGUAAAACCACACAAGCUCAACUGACAAGUGGUUCAGCUGUUUUAAAAUUGCCAACCACUCCAACUAGCUCUCCCAAAAUUUCAAUUAGGAAUGUUAAUCCCCAGAUCAUCUCUGCAUCCUCGGCUGGAGCUCUUCUCUCACAACUUCAUCAGCAGCAGGUUUCCAACAGUGGUACUUCCACAGUUAGCACUAUUGGAGGACAGAAACAUAUUACAUUGCCAGGUACCAGUGGUCAGAAAAAGACAAUUCAGGUCAUCACAGUGCCAGCAUCCCAGUCCAUCCAGAGUGUCACAAAAAAAAUACUGUCACCAUCCAGUGGCCAUCACAGCCCUAGUUCAGCUUUGAACACACUGCUAACUACUGGUGAAAGCAGUGGCAGAAUUUUGUCCCAGACUGGGAAUAUAGUGAUAAGAGAGCUCAAGAAAGCUGACAGUGAGAGUGCAGCCACACUGACUCCUUCGCUUGGCAGCCCUAGUCAUUUGCUAUCUACACCAGCAGUUUCAUUAUUAAAAGAUGUGUCAGCUAGAAGUGGAGUCCCUGCAUCUAGUCAACUACAAAAAAAUCAAGAAAGCUUCAGGUACAUCUUGCAAGGUUCCAGUACAACCCACAUUCUUAAUACUGGUACAAGCACUAUCCAGAGCAGUACUAGUGGAGCUGGGCGUGCAUUUACUGCUCUUUCCUCCUCUGGCACAAUCAUUGGUGGUCAGCUUACUCCAUCCCCAACUACAUCAGCCAUGGGCACUUCUCCUAUGGACCAGGAUGUGUCACUAUCAGACAUGGAUGAUGCAACAGCCACCUUGACCCCAAGCCAUAGACUGAGUAUGGACAUGGAUGCAACUGAAUAUAUUCCACUUGGUCGAGGACGUUCGAGAGGUCGUGGUCUGAGAGGCAGGGGGAGCCGAGGUGGAAGGACCCCUCGUGGUAGAGGUAGGUCGCAGCUAUGGUCAGUCGACACUGACUAUAUUCCAUCACAACCAUCCAGUCGAAAGAUAUCAACAUUACCAGCAGAUUUGAGACAGAUAGGAGCCCAUGUGAUUGAAUCUGGUUCAGAAGCUGUAGAUGGGGUGCCUGUUGUCUCCAUUCCAGACUUUACUACAGAAGAACAAAAUCAUCAUACUGAGGCUGUACCUCAGACAUUGGAACAGAUCCCCUCAGAUAGCACCACUGAUUCAACACUUUCAGCCCUAUCUGAACUAGCAUCUCAGAUUUCCAGUGGGGAUUCACAAUUGACUGAUACUUCUCUCAGUCCACAAGGCCCUCGUGUAAUUACCCAGGCCAUACCCUCCAUUAAAGCUAAUCAUGGAUUUGAUAUUCUCACUCAAGGCAUCCUGGGAAGUAGCACCUCACGACAAUCCCUGGCUCAGCCAAAACAGGCCCGCAGUCUGUUGACAGGUUCUCCUGUUACCAUUCCUGCUAAUUUGGCAUCUGUGUCAGCCAUAUCCAGUACAACCACAAUACUGGAUGCAUCUGAAAUGAUAUCAGCUGUAUCUAAAACACCUCAGUCUGUGCAGAUGGACACAUAUUUAGACUCAGAUCAAGAUUUGGCUAAACAAGACACUUCUACGGACACACUUCCCAUUGGGAAAAAUAAAUCCCCUAUCAGCACAUUAUCAAUGGAUUUGGAAAGUUUUUCAAGUCCUAUCAAACAAGUCACAGACUAUUGUCCUGUCGAUACCUUAAGUCAGGACAUCAAAGAAGAUAAACCUCCAGAGGAAAUGAUGGAAGAAACCUGUGAAAUAAAAUCUAGUGAGGAAGUAGAAACUGUAGGAGAGGAAAGGGUCAUGAGUUUUGAUGAUAGUCAAGUCAGUGCUGCCGAGAGAUACCGCAUGCCAAUGGAAUUGUUUCAGCCUGAUGAAGAAUCUCCUGAAAAAAAUGUGAGACCCAGUCCCUCUGACUUCCCAACAAAAUUUUUCCAAGAUUCUGAAAUGAGUUCACAAGAAGAAGAAAUUAGUCUGUCACCUAAAGGUGCUGCUCGACAUAAAACUCUCACAGAAAUUGAAUCAGACAAGAAGGCUGCCCAACUGGAUGUGCUAGCAAGUUCAGAUUUACAAAAAGUAACUAAUAGAAACAUCUCAAAAAAGAAAGUUUCCUUAGAUCUUGAUAGUUCUGUUAGUGGCGAUGUUGAUAUUGAGAGUACAGAAAAGAUCUCUCCUAAAACUAAAAAAGCCCAGGCUAAAAAAUUGUCACACCACUCAAGCAGUAGAGGUAAGAAGAAAGGUAAAAGUAAACGUAACAGCAUUAGUGAUGUCAGUGUUGACUCAAUGGGAGAAGAUCAUUUUUCUCCUCUAUCAAAUGAGAGUGUCACCUCCAUUCUGGCUAGUCCAGCAAAGGAAAUAAAAAGCAGUGUAAAACCCAAGUCUGCCAACAUUGGAGGCUUUGCCACUGAUUUACUCAAGGAGUCUGAGGAAGAAGAAAUUGCCCAGAAGGCUCAACUUGAAGAAAAGAAAUGUGAUAAUGAGCCUGAACCAGCACCAGUGAAUGAAGAUUUGGAAGCAGAAAAAGAAGAUGCCAAAGCCACAUCAGACAAGGAACCAGAGGUUGAAGUUCAGGUCAAAAAUGUUGCCCAGACGAUCACUGCAGUGACUGUAAAAAGUCCAAAGAGGAAAAUUAUUUACAAUCCUGCUGUUGUGCCUUUCCCAAAAAUAAAAGUUGAUUGGACUUUAGAGGACAGUGAGCAAUGGAAAGUUAUUAAUCGACAGUUUAAUUAUAGCGUUCUGCAGGGCAAACCUAAAACUCUCCAUGGCCACACAAGGGUGGUACUUUUGCAAGAUAUGCUGCCUCCUUCACCUUUAAUUUGUGUCCCUAAAGAAAAGCCUAUUGUUUAUAAACCUACUAUAGUUGUUCGACGAACGCCCAAACCUCUUCAAAGACCUACAGUUGAUCCUUCCAAAGAGCCAACAGUCAUACCACUGGUAGCUGAGGAGGAGUGGGACCCAUCAUACACAGGUGGCUCUGUUGUGACCAGCCCUGUUGAUGGGGAGAUAUUUACAGGGGUUAUUAUAAAGAAAAAAACUGAAACAGCUGACUGGACCAGUUUCAUGGAUGAUGUUGAAGAUCCAGAGAUUGCCACUUACCCCAAGUCUGCUUCCCAUGAGUACUGUGAACAUCUCCUGACAGAGUACUAUAUAACAGCUGUUUCUUCUGGAGAUUACACAUACCUUGAGAGCAGUGAAGAAAACCAGUCUCCAGAAACAGAGACAGACAACAAUCUCAAAACAGAACAAUCCAGUUCUGUUCAAGAAAUGCAACAUGAUUCAAAAGUAGACAAAGAGGAUCAAAUGGAUACAAGUGAUGUCAAACUUAUUUUGGAGCAAGGAAAUCAGCCAGAUUCUAAACAAAUUCUUGACUCGAACACUUCAGGAUAUGAAAGUCCAAAAGUAGAAACACAGCAGAAUGCUUCACUGGUAAGUUCCACUGUGACUAGCACUAUCGUUUUUAGUCCUAGUACUAAAAAGGAUGGUCAGGCUAAAGAAAAGAAAAGACGUGGGAGACCUAAAAAAGAUGUGGUAUCAAAACCUUAUACUGGGUCACCAAAUACUACAUUAGACAAUUCUCUUAGCAGCAAACUAAAUGGAAUAGAUAAUGUACUCUCUUCUCAGGCAGUCGCAGAGCCUGAUACUUUUCAAGCUACAGAGGAUGUUGUGGCAACAACACAGGCUUCACUGCCAAUCACAAAUGUUAUGCCAGCACAGACUGUAACUAAAGACAAUGUGGCAGCACAGUUAUCAACAGUGCCCAAAGACACUGCGAUAGUAAAAAGCUCAGUUGUAGCUAAAGACAUUGCUGCAGCGGAGUCAUCGACAGUUCCUAAAGACAUUGCACAAGUACAGAGUUCAGUAGUAACUAAAGACAUUGCAGCAGCACAAACAUUGUUCCCUUCACCUUCCCGUCGGUCCGGCAGAACACCUAUUCCUUCUAAGCGUGUGCUAGAUGCAUUAGAGGACAGUCCUGCACGCCUGGCCUUAAAGGGCAGGAGAGCCUCCUUGCUGAGUUCUGAUGAUGAACCUGGUGGUUACAGUACAGGGGAAAGUGCUGUCAAGAAACUGAAGAAGCAUGCUCUCUCCUCAUCUUAGCACCAAACAUUGUUUUCACUUGAGUAACAUCCAUACCUGUAAUUAACUGUUAAGCAUUACAUUUAUGUAACAUUUCACUUGAGUAACAUCCAUACCUGUAAUCAACUGUUACGCAUUACAUUUGUGUAACAUUUCAUUUGAGUAACAUCCAUACCUGUAAUCAACUGUCACGCAUUACAUUUGUGUAACAUGAAUAUAUUUUUUUCUGUGUGAAAAACAAAACUUUUUCAUGAACAUUUUUUUUCUUUUGUCAGGCAUAAAUUUCAUGGUGUUACAGUACCGGUACUAUCUAUUACAUUGUUUUGUACUCACCUUGACCAACAGAUUUUUAAUUAAUGGAUUCUUAUCACUUUAAAUAAAAUGCAUCUCCUCCUUUGAGCCCUUAAAAUAUGUUUGAUCUAUUCAGCACUUUAAAAGAUAUAUAGGGCUUAUAUAUUUAAACUUUUUUUUUUUGUUUUUUUUUUGUCUGGAUUUUGUUUUGUUAAUGAAAUUGAUUCUAUUCGUUGUUUUCAUUAUCAAGUGUCUGAGGUGUUCUCCUGGCAUUGACUAGUGUUUCUGUCUCUGUUCUGAUCUGACAUUGUGUAGCUCCAGUAGCCUCCAUUCAGUUUCUAUCCUAUAACUCCUUUGCUCUGUUCAUCUUUGUUUAUGUUUGUAUUUAUUUCUUGAGGUUUCUCAUCAUAUGUUGGAGAAUCCUAUGUUUGUACAUAGUGAGGUCACGGCCAUGUGUUUAGCUUCAUCCAUAACCAUUAUGUUACCAUUAGUGAUAUAUACAUAUAUAUAUAUACACACACACACACAUCUGUGAACCUUCUUCUAUAGACAGGGAAUGUAUUGUGGCACUUUUAAUUUGCUUGUUAAUACACUCAUCAUUUUUGUUUUGUUUUAUAUUUCAAUAAAUUAUGAGGGGGAAAGAAAAAGGUCUUACUGUAAAUUCUUCCCUGGACCUGUUGUAUAUAGCUUCACAAAUCCACUGCCCUAAUGGAACAUUUUUUUUCUUCAGAAUUAUCUUUUAAUUUUGAAUUACUAUAACAAAUCAUUUGAGUAUUAUGUGUGACACUUUAGUUAUUUACUGUGUGAAAAACUAUUAUAAAAAUACAUAAAAAGUGAUAUUAAUCUUUAAAAAAAAGUCAAUGCUUGGCUAAUAAUAGUCCAAUUUAGUUUACUGAAUAAAGUUGUGUACCAAAUAAAGUUGAUCACACAUGUUAACAUUGAUUUGAUAAAACUACAAACUCCUGUCCUUUCCACUAAGCCAAUGGUUCUGUCAGCUAUUGUCCCAACCAUUGACUCCUAUUUCAGCGGAAAAAACUAAUUGUUACUUGAUGGGUUUUAAAUUUCUGAUUGACUCUGAAGCAAUGAAUGUUUUGAUGGGCAUGUAUAGCCUUCACUUCAUCUACAGCAAAACUGUUUGUGAAUAUCAAUGGUGUUCUGCUUGUGUCUACACAUCUGGCAAGGCUUUAGGGAGAAGACAUUGCUUGACCUGGUUUCUAUCCUUAGUGUUUAGUUGUUGCCCAACAAUGUCUAGCAGCCAUGAUAGAGAAAAGAUGAAGUGCAAGAUAUGUUGUUCACUGGUGUUGAAAGAACUGGAUGGAUGGAUAUUGUACAGACAACUAGCCUCUAUACUCUUUCACACAUUGCAUCCAACUCAUUAUGUCCACUUAAUUUGAUGUGGCGGUGUGGCUUCAUUAGAAAGUAUUAAACACUGAGCCCUGCAGUGUCACCACAUCUGAUCAACUCAUACAAGAUAUGGAUACAUUCUUUUUUUUUCAAAACUUGAAAACAGUAGUUUUUUUUUUUCCCCUUUAUGUUCAUGGUUAUCUUUUUUUUUUUUCUAUGAAAAUUUGUUUCUGUUUUGGCCGUCUUUUUGUGAAUAAAACAAUUGUUAUUAGAAUGGA